CUUGGUUUAAAACUUAAUUCAUACAAGAUACAACAAAUAAAUUUAAAAAAAAUAUUAGUGAGGAAAGUCAGCUUGCUGUUAAACGAAAUUCAUGCAAACGUUUCAACUUCCAAACAAUUCGUUUACUUCGCUCGUUCCUAUUGGGGUUUUUUUUUUUGUAUAAACUAAAUACCAUGAAAUAUGUUAUAUCUUCUCCUGUCCUGUGUGUAUGUAUUGAUUUUGUUAAAAAACUUAAGUCCCUCUCUUCUUGUGUUAUUUUCUUCAUAAAUAAGUCUCUUUUUUGACUCUUACUCACUAGUUUCGAUACGAGGAGUCACGUCUCACGUUCACGUCACAGCACAACCACAACCACAUCAAAAUGAAAAGAAAUGAGGUUCUGCUCUCGCUCUCAGUAUCAGUAGCAGCAAUUGAAAUUGAUGUGAAAAGUUUAUGGUUUUGUCGACGUCGCCUUCGCCUUCGUAUAGUCGGUCUUCAAACUAAUAAAAACUCAAAUGGAUAUAGUUUUGUUUAAAACCUUGCCGUGUGUGUUAUUCACAAUCGCCACAAGGUGAUUUGAACCAAAAAAUAAGUCUUCAAAUUAAACAAAUACCUACAUAUUUUAUCAUAAAAUAAAAAUUUUAAACCAACAUACACUAUUUUUAAUCUUUUAAAUUUUUAAUCAUGAGACCCCAAUUUGGAUCUGAAAAAAAAUUGUUUUGCCUGGAGAAUUAUAAGACAUAAAUAAUUUAAAUUAAUCGUUUCAGAGUUUGGUGUAAAAAAAAAGAACAUAACUCUAUACUCUCCCUCGCUCACUAAACUAUGUUCUAGUUUCACGUGCUUCAUUUCAAAUAAAAUAUUGUCCAAUAUUUUAUCUAAAAAAAUACAAAAAUUAAAUACAAAUGUUGAAAAUAAAGUUUAUCCUCUGGCAAAAAAAUAUUUAAUUCACAUAUUACACACAUAACUGAGCACUUGGACAUUUUCCUGGUGCGUAAUAACUUCAUUGAAUUUGCUUUCGUAUAAAUUAAUUUCAUUUUUUCGUUACUGACGGGAAUAGUGUUAAUGGUUUUGCAAAAACAACUCGGAUUAUUGUAAUAAAAAAAAAAAAGAGAAGUGUUAUGUAUAUUUUGAAACAUAAACAUAUUUGUGAGGAUACUAUUUAAACAUAUCUAAUGAUGGUCCGCAGAUAAGCUCAUGGUACAGGAUAGUAUAGCAAGCAUAAAUAAUAUUCCCAAAUCAUCAAUAUCUCUCACAAACAUGGUGCUAUCAACAUUUCCCAUAGAUGGAGGUCAUGUCGUCAUUCGACAAUCAAAUGGUUCCUCACAAUUGGCAACUACAAAUCUGCAAUCUCAACAACAACACCACCAACAACAACAACAACAGCAGCAGCAGCAGCAGCACCACCAUUUAAUAAGCACGAAUCAAGCGAAUAGUUACUCUACUGCUACCGCUCAAAUUCAUCGCAACAGUCCUGCCUCGGCUAUAAUUGCAACAACCAGCAGUAACAAAAAUACUUACAUCAGCAACGCUGGUACCCAUGGAUCUUCCAAUGGCAAUGUUAUUGCAAACAAUAUUCCAACACAAUCAAAAUACGUGUUUUUGCAACAAAACGGAAAUGGCCAGUACACAACAAACGAAGUUGUUUUAGUGGCGACUGAACCCUUGGACAUGGGAACCCCUGAACAAGUUAUUUCGGUAAAUGAAACGGGGACAGCGAAUGUGUGCGAUGAAGAACUUACUUCGCUCUCAUGGUUGCACGAUAAAAAUCUUCUUAAAGGAUUUGUAGCAUGUACAAAGAAUAACCGAAAAAUAGCUGAACAACGUACACAAGCACAAACUAAUGGGGGUACAACGUCUGUCAAUAUUAUUCACACGGAAGGCCAGAUUUCACCCACAAGUGAAUAUAUUGAGGAAUCACCAGGGAUAUCAGAAGAUAAUGUUUCUAAUAUAGAACACGGAAUUAAUGAUUAUUCCUCCUCGCAACAGCAUGUGCAUUACAAUACUAACAACAACAAUCAUGCUUUGGUGAAAAAUCGCAAUGGGCAUCAAAUUGUAUCGCCAAUUCAUACCGACGGAAGUAGUAGUGGUAACUACAUUAGGUCUAACCAAUCUCCGAUUCAUGAUCAAGUAAGCGGAAGUUUGACCGCAAUUGGUGCAACAACAACAGUGCAUGUUGGACCCAGCGGAACAACAACUGUUGUGGAAUAUAAGACGAAUUCUAACUUUGCACAAUCUCGUUUGAGCGGUGGUAAUGGGGUAGAUAAUAAUGGUGCAAAUGCAGCGACAGUUACUUCGGCUACGAACAACUAUGUGCCUUCUUCUCCCCUAAGAAAUGUUGUACUCACAAACGUGGGAAGUCCAAAUCAUCAGCAGCAGCAACAACAGCAACAAUUCAAUAGUUCUAAUAAUAAUAGUAACAGCACUCUUUCCACAACCCACCAUCCGCACAAAAAGUACCUGCGUGAGAAAAUGAACGGUUUCGAUCAGAGUGGAGGAGGUGGGACAAACAACAGUGGUGGAGGAAACUCAAACAAGAACAUAAGUCUCGCUUCUCCUUUCAGCUCGAACUCCAGCACUAGCUCGAAUGCUUCCUCUCCAGCUUCAUCAGGUACGAAUUAUGCCAUCACCACUGUCAGCCAUACAUCGUCACAAGCAGUUUCAACACUGUCACCAGAACCACCAAGAGAAUACCAUACACAAAAUUUACACAUGCAUAGUGUCAUGAAAAGUCCAGCAUCAUACUCCACCAAUAGCUAUGAGAAUGAUUCGCUCAAAGAUUUUGAACUUACAUCAGUACCUUUAACAAACAAUGGUCGCAUAUCUUCGUCAAUAAAUGCACAGCAACAUUCACAACAACACCAACCGCUACCCCUCCAGAAAUCGUCACCCACUCCACCAAAGCAAAAACAUCCUACGAAUGUGCCAUAUGAUCCAUUGGUGCAUACACACAACAAACCGCCAUAUAGCUUUAGUUCCUUGAUAUUCAUGGCCAUCGAAGGCUCAACAGAGAAAGCAUUGCCAGUAAAAGAAAUAUACGCAUGGAUUGUGCAGCAUUUCCCCUACUUUAAAACAGCUCCCACCGGAUGGAAGAACAGUGUGCGACAUAAUCUCUCAUUAAAUAAGAGUUUUGUUAAAGUUGAAAAAGCUCCAAAUAUGGGCAAAGGUUCUCUAUGGCGUGUUGAACAACAACAGCGACAAAAUCUAAUACAAGCUCUUUCUCGCUCACCAUUCUUCCCAAAUUCAGCAGUCGAUAAGAUUUCCUUGAAGAGUCCAACUGGCAGUACAAACUGUGUUGUCAUGCCCAACAGUCCAGCUGUUUCCACUGAAUCCGACGGCAGUCCACCGAUGACACCUGGUAAAUCUAAUUUAGAUGCCCGCCUGUUUCCAAAUCUAUCCAAGGCAAUUAAACUAAUGGAAACUAAUGAUCAAGACGAUGAUAGUCCGUCCGAUUACAGUACGGUUAAAGUGGGCAAUGGUUACUAUACAAACGGAAAUACGACUCCGAAUGGAAGUUUUGAAAACAUCGAACUUAUGGCUAGAGAUUGUGGAGCCGAUAGCAUAGAUGAUGUUAAUGCUGCAACAGCUAUGCUGGCAUUGAAACAUGGACCAAAAGUUUUCAAUGAAACAUUUCAAAAUGGUUCUCCAGUGAUAACAUCGUCACCAAGUGAGGAUCAUACAUACUCAGCAGGUGGUGGUGGCGGCGGCAGUAUUACCAGUUGUAAUAGUACUAAUGGCACCACUACCAAUAUUAAUUCAAGUUUUAAUGGAAGCACCAUACCCAAUGGAAGUGGUGAUAGACCAGCUGUACCCUUAAAUGGGUUUUCUGUAGAUAAUCAAAGUAAUUGUGCCUCAUCAGAUGCUGCAUACGAAAGCAGCGAAGAAAGUCAUAAUAUAUCUCCAGAAGAACUAGAAGACCAACAAAGACAUCGUGAUGGUGUCUAUGCCCUGCUCUCCCUAUCAUCGCAUGUUGAUAUGUCGCCCAUUAAACGUCCGCCAUCAACAACCGUUGAAGAAGAACACAUAUCUUCCUACAUGGAAAAUAUACCACACCUUAAUGGCAAAGGUCUUCUCGUGAAUGGCUGCGGAGCCUUAGCAAUAAAUGGCAGCAGCGGAGUUCUCGAUGAAGGCUAUAACACUCAAAGUUACUAUAGUCAUAUGGCAUCGCCAUCACCUCCAAAGAAACAAAAACCAUUGCGCAAUAUUCGGGCGAAAAUUAAGCGCAAGACUACAUUGAUACGAUGAGCGGUUUCAAGUUCGAUCAGUCUGUUCAAAGGUGAUCGGCGUUAAACUGCUUCCGCAGCAGCAGGCUAAUAUUGUAAGGUUUCUAAAAUGGUAAAUUAGGUUCUAUUAUAUGUAAAUCUAUGCCACAUAUUAUAUAUUGUGCCUCAAACCCCUUUAAAAUUUAUCAAUUUGUUUUCAUCUUAUGUUAAAAAUUAUUUGCUGUCGGACAGAUUUUGUGUUGUGUUAGAUAUGUUGCAUUGUUGUAAAGUUAUGUUUGAAUUUGAAUAAUUAUUGUUAUAAAUCAUUAGUAUCGUUAAAUGCAAGUGCUUUAGAACAUAUUUGUUGUUUGAAGAAUUUGAUUUUGCUUAGGAAAUAGAAGUGAGAGAGAUAGUCGAUUUGAAUUAAAUGAGCGAAUUGAAAUCUAACCCAACUAUUGUACCUUAACUUUUAUUAUAUUUUUUCUGGUGGAAAAGAACAACCCUCUUGUUGUUCUUUUAAUACAAUGACAAAUAAAAAAAUAUCCACAAAUAAAAAUGUAUCUUCCUUCUUUCCAAAGAAAUUCUGCUUUUUUUACAAAAUAAAAUUAAAAAAAAAGAAACAACAAACAUAAAAAUAACAAGAAAGAGAAGGAUGAUGAAGAAAACCAUACAAAAAGUGCCUACAAACUUAAAAAAUAUUUUAGUUAAAAAAAAUUGUUUCUUUGUUUUAAUUCGAUGACUGAUUGUUAAAGAGAUAUAAAUUUAUAAACAAUAUCGCUAUGAUAAAUUUGUGCAAUAAUAUUUAAACUGAAAACAAACAUUUUGUUUUUUCUACCAGUCACAAAAUUCACAAACUAUUUGUAUAUUCUAAGUUAUACUUCAAUUUUAAUUUGGAUAAUCACCUUUUUAUUUUGAUACAUUAAAUAUAAUAUAGUAUAUUUUUUACAAUUAUGCUUUCAGAAACGCAUUAGUGAAUACAUGAUAUACAUAUUGUUAGUAAUUUACUUUAAAUAGACUGUAAAGAAACGUUGUCUUAAUCUUUUUAGUUUGCAAAAUAAAGUUAAAGUAAAACAAAUUGUACACGAAACGGAAUGAAGCUAUAAAAACAUAAAACAUACUAUAGAUACAAUUAAAUACAAAUAAAAUUUAUGUUACAAACGACAAGUAAAUUGCUUUAAUAUAUUUAAAACUUUAUUUCCAGUGUCAAAUCAUAUAUUCAACUAAAAAAUUUAUCAAAACACUAAACUACAAAAUUUAUCAAAUUUUAAAAUAGUUAAAAAGAAGUAACCACAAAAAAGCAAUGAAAGAAGUCUGACUUAAGAAAAAAGCAUCAUAUUAUAUAAAUUUUGUUCUAAAAAAAACCUUGCUUUUAGAGCUUCAUUAAUUAAAAAAUGGCAAUAUUAUAUUCACAGCUAUAAACGUUUAGUUAAACAAAAUAAUUCGAAGACCUCUGAAAGAGGAAUCUUCAUAGAAAAGAAAACGCUACCUAGUUCCCUAUUUGUAGAAAGCUGCAUACAUUAAAUAAUGUUUUGUUAAUUCAAAUCCAAUUUAAAUUUUAUUAGUCUUCAAAUGCGUCUUCGCUUUGUUCAUAAAUAUUUAUAGAUAAAAUUAAAACAAAAAUUAGUGGAAUAUAGUAGUUUUAGUUUCAUAUCUCUAUCUAGAAAAAAAAAAAACAUUACACUAUACAUAUAUACAUUAUAAAGAAGUAAUAAUAAUCAAAAACCACGUUUUUUAAUUAAUAUUAGUAAAUGAGAAAACUUUAUUAUAAAUAAAAGAAGUACGUUUACUUAAAAAAAAUACAAAAAUAGACAUUAAUUAUACAUAUUAUUAUAUAAAUGUGUACACAGAUAUAAAAACUUUAUUUUUUAAAUAAAUAAAAAAAAAUAAAUUUAUUAUAGGCAAAAAGCAGUAAACUUUACAAGAAAAUAAAAAAAUAAAAACAUACAAAAAAUCUUACAUUAAAACAAAUAGUUGAAGCGGAAAAAUAUAACAGAGAGAAUUGAAUAAUUAAAAUUAUUAUAUCAGUUUCUUU